UUUAGACUAAAGUUUCAUAACUAUUUUUUGUGCAGAAGAAAUGAUGAGACAGAGAACACUCCUUUAUCCAAGACUAUGAACUUGGUCUUAGAGAAUGUAAAUCGCAAAGGCAACGAUAACUUGUUGCAAAUCCGAACAAAUCCUCCAUCUCCUCAAUGCUUUUCCGCCACAAGGGGUGGAGGCGUCCUCGGAAAGAGUACUCCAACCACCACUCCGACCCCUUCAAAGCUUCCCAAAUCCAAGCUCAUGGAGAGAGGAAUCCUUCAAGAGCAGAAUAAGCAAUUAUUAGUAGCAAAGGAAGAGUCCAUAGAGAAAAACAAAAGAGCUUCUUCUAUUGUUGAUCCAAAAGAAGCAAAGACUUUGGAUGUAUUUUGGUUUCUGAAGCCUUGCACACUAUCCACCUAUAGUGCUUAGAAAAUUACCUUACAUGAUCAUAUAUCAUCAUUUUACAAUAACAAAAAUCCAUUCCUUUAUUUAUUUCUUAAUAAUUUUAUCUACCCCUUUACUUUUUUUUUUUCUUUCAUUCAUUCAUUCAUUAUUCUUCUUGUUGUUGAUAAAAAUUGUAACUAAAAAUUCAUUAUCUAUGAAUAAAAAUGUAUUCUUUUU